AUGAUGAUGACGUGCCGUCUGCUGAGCGCCCUGUUGGUGCUUGCCCUGUGCUGCUGCCCGUCCGUCUGUGCUGCGGCACCUGAAUCGCCUGAAGCUUCUUCCAGUACAACCACGACGACUAAAACUCAGCCUCCAAAUGAGGAUGCGGGUUUGUCAAGGCCGUUAAAUACGAGGCCUGUUGUGGGGGAGGGAACAGUUGGCGGCAAUGAACCAGCUCCGACCGGUCCGGGACAAAAAUCAGCUGAUGUGACCGUUAUCUUACUGGAAGAAGGUACGGACGAUACGACAGGGACACAAAGUGACACUAGUAUAUCUGAGGAACAAGCAGAUAAGAACUCCGAAGCUUCUGCCGAGACGACCACGACGACGACCACUACGACAAAGUCACCAACCACGAUCACAACCACUGCGCCAGAGCCACCAACUACUACGACUACAGGGGCGCCAACCACGAAGACCACCCGCACACCGUCACGUCUUCGCGAAAUCGACGACAGCCUCAGCAGCUCUGCGUGGGUGUGUGCCCCGCUGCUGCUUGCCGUAUCCGCGCUGGCGUGCACCGCUGUGGGCUGA